AUGGACGCUGGCUGGGUGACGGCCGGCUUCGGCCAGCGUUUUGCAGGCAAGAAUGGUAGCAACUUUGAGUACUCAGAGGAACAGAAAAAGAUCUUGGCUACGGACCCUCAAAAGUAUCUUGCCUACCGCAAGAAAAUCGAGUCAGAGCUCAACUCGCGGUUUCGAUUCAUCUUGAACGGCUCCAAGGAGCAGCAAGACGCUCGCGCAGUAAGAUAA